UUAUUAUUUUCUUUUCUGUCACGUUUCUUCUUCGUUAUUUUUGGGAUUCGCUGGGACGUUUCUCUCAAGCUGGAAGUGAAGGAUCCUCAUGCUCUGGGAAGCUCGUGAAAGUUGAGUUCUGCAGGACUUCCUAACAGGUGAUACGUGAUGAUGGUGGAAUCGGCUGCCGAGACCAUCCGGACGACCUCUUCCAAUCAGAACGGGGUGAGCAGCCUGAGCGGCCAAUCGGACAGCGCGGGGGGAGAGGGCGGGUCUAAGAGCGAGGCCAACGGGGAGGCCAGCCCCCUGGAUCUGCUCCACCUUCAGCAGCAGCAGGCCCUACAGGCUGCACGUCAUUUCCUCCUUCAGCAGGCCACUGGACUCAACUCCAGCAGCAGCAACGAGGGCAAGGUGAGCCCCAUGCAGGUCCCUGUGUCCAUGGCGAUGCUGACCCCCCAGAUGAUCAUGCCUCAGCUACAGCAGAUGCUGACCCCCCCUCAGAUUCAGGCCCUCAUGCUCCAACAGCUGCAGGAGUUUUAUAAGAAGCAGCAGGAGCAGCUGCAUGUGCAGCUCCUAUCUCAGCAGCAGCAGCGAGCAGCAGGGAAGCAGAGUAAAGAGGUGUCGCAGGCGGGGUCAUACAGAUUGGCGUUCCAGCAGCAGUUGAUGCAGAUGCAGCAGCAGCACUUCCUGAACCUGCAACGGCAGGGCCUGGCGGGGCUUUCAUCCGGCCCAGGGGCGGGGCCUAUCCCCAACCUGCAGCAAGCCGUGGGUCCGGCUGAGCUGCAGAGGCUGUGGAAAGAGGCAGCCAGCGUGCAGACCGCCACCGAGGAUUCUGGCAACCCAGAAGGCCUGGACCUGAGCACCAGCAGCUCCAACACUACCUCAUACUUGACGCCCAAAGCCUCCCCGAAGGUGUCCCAUCAUGCCCUUCUGAACGGACAGAGCUCCACUCACACUCCAAAGAGAGACAGCCCUUCCCAUGAGGAGCAGGUGGGCUCGAACCCGCUGUACGGACACGGAGAGUGCAAGUGGCCCGGGUGUGAGGCGCUCUGCGAGGACAUGGGACAGUUCAUCAAGCACCUGAACAGCGACCACGCCCUGGAUGACCGCAGCACAGCCCAGUGCAGAGUGCAGAUGCAGGUGGUCCAGCAGCUGGAGAUUCAGCUGGCUAAGGAGAGUGAGCGCCUGCAGGCCAUGAUGGCUCACCUGCACAUGCGACCGUCAGAACCAAAGCCUUUCAGACACGCUCAAAAUAUGGCCUCUAGUGCCCCCCUGAUGAAGCGGGACAGAGAGACAUUCCCAGAGGGAUUACCUCACCCCCCCACCUCUGCCACCGCCCCCAUCACACCCCAGCGCCAGGGCCCCUCCGUCAUCAGCUCCACCAGCCUGCACGGGGCGGGGCCUGUCCGCCGCCGCAACGCCGAAAAGCUGUGCACCCCCAUUGCCUCAGAACUGGCCCAGAACUGCGAAUUCUACAGGAAUGCUGAUGUCAGACCCCCCUUCACUUACGCCUCCCUCAUUCGCCACGCCAUACUGGAAUCGCCAGAGAGGCAGCUGACUCUCAACGAGAUCUACAUCUGGUUCACCAGGAUGUUCGCCUACUUCAGGAGGAACACUGCCACCUGGAAGAACGCUGUUCGCCAUAACCUAAGCCUUCAUAAGUGCUUUGUGCGGGUGGAGAACGUGAAGGGGGCGGUGUGGACCGUGGAUGAGGCCGAGUACCAGAAGAGGAGGCCACCAAAGAUGACCGGAAGCCCCACACUGGUGAAGAAUGUGAUGACAGGGCUGAGUCCCGGAUCUCUCAGUGCCAGCUACAAGGCGGCCCUGGCGGAGAGCAGCCUGCCACUGCUGAACAGCCACGCCCUGGUGAAGGCCCUGCCCCACCCUGCCCUGAGCACCCAGCUCAUGGGGCAGGAUGACGUGAGCAGCACAGUGGAGCAGGUCCACAGCAACAGCAGCAGCAGUCCCAGCCAAUCACCACAGCCGCUUGGGCGGCAGGGCAUGGUGAAGGAGGAGCUCACAGACACAGAGGAGUCUGUGAUGCCUGUGUCGUUCACGACAGCUGUCACCCGGAACACUCCACCCCCCGGAGACGAAAGAGAGCUGGAGGAAGAACUUCCAGCAGAGGAGGUGGAGUAAAGACAAGGGGCUGACAGAUUUCAACAGCGCACCAGAUCCACCUAAACAGAGAGGAACAUAGGAAAUACCAAAAGAACAGGGAAAAUAAAGUCUGGCCUCACCUGCUUACGGAUGUUCACCUGGCACAGUUUGCUUGUAUUCGAACUGCAAAGUGUCUGGCACAUGAGUUUCCAUUUGUUUAUGCAACAUGGUGAAGGCGGUUCCCAGUCUUUGUAAGGGGUGUGUUACACACACACACACACACACACACACACACACACACACACACACACACACACACAC